CCUCUCUCUGUCUGACCGGCAGCCGGUGUCACCUUGGGGGUCUCUCCGUUCAGUCGGUAACAAGAUGGCAGAAGCAGGGAGGCAAAGGACGUCGCCCAAGGCUGUGAAGUUUCUGUUCGGGGGACUGGCAGGGAUGGGGGCCACGGUGUUUGUGCAGCCGCUGGACCUGGUGAAGAACCGCAUGCAGCUGAGCGGGGCAGGAGCCAAGACCAAGGAAUACAAGACCAGUUUCCACGCAGUCGGCAGCAUUCUGCGCAACGAGGGCCUCCGAGGCAUCUACACCGGUUUAUCGGCCGGGCUGCUGCGCCAGGCCACCUACACCACCACGCGCCUGGGCAUAUACACAAUACUGUUUGAGAAGUUCACAAAGGCUGAUGGGACCCCCCCCAACUUCUUCAUGAAAGCGGCUAUUGGAAUGACUGCUGGGGCCACUGGCGCUUUUGUGGGGACCCCGGCGGAGGUUGCACUGAUCAGAAUGACAGCCGACGGCCGGAUGCCCGUUGAUCAGAGGAGGGGUUACACCAAUGUGUUUAAUGCACUAGUGAGGAUGACGAGGGAGGAGGGAAUAACGACGCUCUGGAGGGGAUGUAUACCCACCAUGGCUCGCGCUGUUGUUGUCAAUGCUGCUCAGCUGGCCUCCUACUCACAAUCCAAACAGUUCCUGCUGGACUCAGGCUACUUUAGGGAUGACAUUCUGUGCCACUUCUGUGCCAGUAUGAUCAGUGGGCUGGUCACAACUGCCGCCUCCAUGCCAGUGGACAUUGCAAAAACCAGGAUACAGAACAUGCGCAUGAUCGAUGGGAAACCCGAGUAUAAGAACGGACUGGACGUACUGGCUAAGGUGGUGCGACACGAGGGCUUCUUCAGCCUGUGGAAGGGCUUCACCCCGUAUUACGCGCGUCUCGGGCCUCACACCGUUCUCACCUUCAUUUUCCUGGAGCAGAUGAACAAAUACUACAAGAAUUUUUUCCUCAGCGGAUAAGAGAUGAACUGGAGACCUUUCUAUGUGACACCAACGGACAACCUGCCCCUUGGGAGACUCCCCUCCUGUUUCCUGGCCCCGCCUCCUCCUGUGACAUUGCGGGACUGCCAUGCAGCUUUCCUGCGUUCCCUCUGCCUCCUCCGGGGGAUUCAAUGGUUAAAUGUGUGUGUGAUUGGCUGGUGAGCUAUUGGGACCUCUGCUCUUACAUAUACUGUAUGCACUAUUGUAUGUGUCUUAAUAGAGAAACCACAUCCCUGGGGGUGCAGGGGUAGGUAUGGGAGUUUUAAAGCUGUUUAUUGGAUCAUGCAAGUACCCCAUAAACCCUCACACACAUAUAUAUAUA